AUGCCAAAGGACUGCUGCUCCAAGGAGGAGGAGGCGCGGCAGCAGCCGAAGUCAAGGGGAGAGGAAACCCCUGCAACUGCGAGUUCCGCUUCUGUACCAGACAAUGCAGAGCGAAACAGCAAACCAGAAGCAGCAGAAGCUGCAGCAGCAGUAGCAGAGACGGCGGCCAAAGGGCAACAGAUAAAGGCUAACUCUAUGGCUUCCGCGGCUUCCUUGGUGCAGGCAAUAAGGGGGUCAGCCUCUUGUCUUCUUUCAAUUCCUCCUCCUGUCCUUUCGCCCUCGAUACCUUUAGGAGCAGCAGAGGCGAAUUUAUGCUCAUGUGUGUCUCAGGAUGAAGGCCCAAUCGAUGCAACGAAGACGGUGGAAGAUGUCAAGAAGGAACCGUACAAUUUGCCUAAUGGAUUUGUUUGGUCCGAAUGCUCUGUGGAGGACCCGCAAGUGCUGGAUGAGGUGGGUGCAACACCAGGAGUUAGGAUUUUUAGUCGUUUGGCGAAGGAUAGCGACGUUGCAUUGCUAUCACUGUACAACUUGCUCGCGCUUCACUACGUAGAAGACGACGACAAUUUGUUUCGUUUUAACUACGGAAAGGACUUUUUGGUUUGGGCUCUGAAUCCUCCGAAUUUCUUCAAAGAAUGGAUUAUUGGGGUUCGCGUUGAGGCAUCUCAAAAGGAUUCAUCUCCGCCAUCCCCACAACUCUCAUGUGCAACUCUAAAAGAAUCAGAGUUGCAGAAGUCAAUUUUCUCUGCGUACACAAGAAACUUCGAAGCAAGCGUCUCGCUCCGCAUUGGCUUUUUCCUUAAAGUGAUUCCUGAGGUAAACGACCUAAGAGUCACACUUCAGUGUUGUUCAACAGUUAGGCUAUCAGGCAUUAGGCAUUUCAUCGUAGGAGCAUUACAACCUAAAUGGGUGCAACUUGGGCGUAUCUGCAGACAGUUUAAGCUGUACCCAGAUUUCACAAUAGAAGAAGUGCAGCACUGGCUAAUGCCAAAGGACGGAGUUGUACAUGUGUACGUUCGAGAACAGGAAGGAAAAGUAACAGAUUUAAUUUCAUUUUAUGAACUGCCAUCUUCUGUCAUCGGAAACCAAAAGCACAAAGAAGUCAAAGCGGCUUACUCCUUUUACAACGUGGCGACGUCCGUUCCUUUGAAGGAACUAAUUCAAGAUGCUCUUUGCCUUGCCAAGCAAAAAGACUUCGACGUGUUCAACGCUCUGGAUGUAAUGGAAAACAAAACUUUCGUGGAGGAACUCAAAUUUGGUGUUGGUGAUGGCUUUUUACGAUACUACCUCUACAACUGGCGGUGCCCUCAG